AGUAUCGAUGAAUGAUUGCCAUCGACCUUCAAACUAAUUCAAUGACAUUGCUUCAAACAGCAAUACUGAAUUCUUACAAAGAAGAAAUGGCUUUUUUAAAUUAUUAAUAAAAAUAAAAAAAAAAAAAAAAACAAUCUUCUCGGUAACACGAUCAAAUUAAAUCAAGUGUAAUGUAAUUUUAAAAUUGACAAACUUUAAAAUUCAAAACGCGAUGUCUUCAUUGAUCGUAGCACACGAUCAACGGAUCAUGAUGUUAGAAUUCGCAGUUGAGAACUUGCACGUACCGUGGAAUUCCAUCUUUGACAAAGCAAUUUUGAAAAAGGUAACGGUAAUGUUUCGUUUUUUGGAUGAGGAUUGGACCGAGCUUUUACCAAAUCGCCGCGAUUAUUGUUCCUAUCGUGGUUCGAAUUAUGAGAACGAACGAUUUUAUGGUGGACGUUCGGUAGUUUUCGCCUUGCCUGAAUCGUCAUUAGAAAAACCUAUGAGUGCUAUCGAUAUUCAAAUUUACGUAUUUAAAGAGAUAUGUGAUUAUUUCGAGCUCGAUUCCUGCGAGAAUAUUGGAUUCAUAUUAUUGAGAGUCGAUCAUUUGAUUAAUGCCAUUAUCAAGGAGUUAAAAGAACGUAAAGAACUUGGUUUAUAUUUAUGCAAUUCUCAUGAAAACGAGCCUAUUUCAAGAUCAUUGGUAGGAACUUACACUUUGAUAAACGACGACUUAAAGAACACUGAUGCAACAAUAAAAAUAUAUAUACGUAUCACUUAUCUUGGUAAUUGCGUUAUCACUGAAUUCGAGAAUAGUAGAGGUAUAAAAACGGCAUUUCAUUGUCGUAAGGAUAACGUUGAAGGAUAUCCGUACCAAUUACGCGAAUUAACAUCAGAGAAUCUUAAGACUGGUUGUUGGGGUAGUCAAUCCUAUUUACCACCGGCAUUUUUAAAGAAGUUAAAGUGUUAUUGUGAAAAGGAUAAGAUAGAGAAAAAAGUAUUAGCCCAAAUGAUAGCAGAUGCUGAAGCUGCUCAUGCUGCUGAAGCUGCCCGUGCUGCUGAAGCUGCUCGUGCUGCUAAAGCUGCCCGUGCUGCUGAAAUAGCUCGUGCAUCGGAAGCUAUUCGUGCUUCUGAAGAAGCUCGUGCUGCUGAAGCUGCUAGAGCUGCUGAAGCUGCUAGUGCUGCUGAAGCUAACGCAUUGAAAGGUCUCGGGAAAGAAGAAUCUAAGAAGGACAAAUCUAAAAAUAAGAGGUUGACUACUGCUGAUGCUCAGAUCCUUGCUAACAUCGAUAAUCUUUAUGAAGAAAGGAUUCGUCUUUUAAAGGAAGCAAUGAAGAAACAAAAAGGUCGAGGAUUAGGUGCCGCUGGAAUAGCUUUUGAUAGAAAAGAUGGAAAAAAGAUUUGUUCUCCAUUAUUUACUAUACCUUGUACUCAAUUUUGUUCACCUACCUUUAGUUCUUUUUCUCCCUGUUUGAAUUUUAUACCUUUUGUCAGUCCAGAACAUUUAACAUUUACAACACACUGCUUGUGAAACAGAAUAUGUGCAAUAAAAUACAGAUAGAAACUUAUUGAACUGUAGUUAUUCAUUAAAUUAGAUAUUUCAAUGAAAUUAAAUUUUGAUCUUUGGAUCAUUGAUCACAUUUAAUAUCAACAAAAACAAAUGUUUGACAGAUUUUGAUAUAUAUCGAUCUAAUAAACAUCGAAACUUUCUUUUUCUAAAAGUGAAAACUAAAACGGAAUUCAUAGGUAAGGCCCAUGGGUGUGGACUUUUGUGAGGACUACCUAUCUCAGUAGAGCUGCGUUUCUAUUCUUUUCUUUCUCCGGCUCUUUUUUCUAUCUCAUAUUUCUCUUUCUUAUUUACUCAUAUUAAUUAUUAUUUGUAAGUCUCGGAUGGGAUCCAUGGAUAAGGCCCAUGAGUGUGGGCCUUGUUUCUCUUCUUCUUUUUCAGGAAUCAUCGAGGAAUCCAUCGAGGGAUAGAUUCAUCUGCGAUCAGAUGUGUUCGAUUGUAUUGUCGAAUAGCUCGAUUUAUCAUCGAUUUUUACGCGAGAAUACGAGAAGGAUAGGAGAAUAAUCGCGCGAGUCUUGGUGGGCCCAAAUAUGGAUCUCGUGGUUAAAAGUCCUACCGGGGAAUGCGCUGUUAUUGUUCGAAAUUCGGAAAGCACUAACAGUUGUGCUUAAUAAUCCAUUAUGUCUGAAGCUGACGAUGUCAGACAGUGGAGCUAUCCAUAAGCGGGGUCUCAUACAUCUCCUCUUAGUUGAGAAGCCUAAAGCAUUGCGGAUCAGUUAAUUUUAGAAACAUUGAUUUUAAAGUAGAGUCAACGUUAGCCCGUGGAUCUUCAUAUGCAACAAAUUCCACGUAGUGAGACCUGGGUCGAUAAUACUUGCGAUAUAUUGAAAUCUAAUUGUAAUUCACGCUAGUACUACCAGGUGAAUGGC